UCCCCUCUGGCUGUAUCUGCAGUGUCGGAUGCUUCAGUCAGUCAGCGAAACCUCAGGACAUGAACGUCUUUCAGAGCUCCUGCUGCUCCAUUUUAGGAGCUCUUCUGCUUUUCCUUCUUCAUGGGUCAUGUGCUGGUGGAGAUGUUGAGGUCGUGCACAAAGCUGUCGGAGACUCACUGGAUUUACCUGCUAAUCAUCUAAGAGGCAAUCUGGUAGAAUGGAAAUUUAAUGAGAAAACAUUUGCAGAGUAUGAUAAAGAUCAGUUUAAACCAGUGCAACCACCAUUAUUUCCUGAAAGGAUAAAGACGAAUAAUGACCAUAUCAGUAUAACAAUAGAGGAUCUGAAACAUCAGGAUUCUGGAAACUUCACAAUUGUUGCAGAAAAAGGAGGAGGAAGUCAACUUCCAACAAAACUGAUUGUGCUGCAUGUUCACAAUCGCAUCAAAAAUGUGGAGAUUACGCACAAGAUUUCCCGUCUGUCAAAAAACUGCACGUUUCAUCUCCAUUGUGAAACAACGGAUGACCUGAACUCAUCCUACAGCUGGAUAAUCGGUGAUCAGGGCAAGAGUCUCGGACCGCAACUGAACAUCAGCCUCCAUCCAGCAGAGAGCAGCAGAGUCUCCUGCACAGCAGACAACACCGUCAGCAAAAAGAGCACUGAGGAGACUCUAGAGUGCCCUGAGGAAUCAAAAUACACAAGUACAGAGCUCUGGUUGACUGUAGGCAUCAGUAUCCUCGUUAUCGUCAUACUGACUGGUAUAAUCAUAGCGUGCUUCCAGUGGAGAAAGCGUAAAGGACAAACUGAAAGUGAAGCUGGGAUCACGGUCUAUGAAGACGUCAAACCUGAAGCCCCUGCAAAGAUGCAGCGGGGAGAAUAA